AUGUCAGAGACCAAGGAGCCCCCGAACCAGUCCAAGCCGGAUUCGAUUGAAAGGUCUAAUAAGCUGACGGGACCGGCAGGAGUAUGCUGCGGAUCCCAGAGGCCAGUGGCACCUGCAUGUACUCUGCAAGUCACUCCCGGGCUGCCGCCUAGCGGGCAAGAUACCGUCAGGGGACUUGCAGCGCCCAUGCAAGGUACGGCCGUCGAUCAAGCCACCACCAGCCAGUUCGAGUCAGAAGAAAGGGACGGCGAAAAGUUAGAAGCGCAGAUGAGCGAAUCAGCAGCAGAGGCAAUGGCUCGUUGGCUGACACGGACUGGAGACGACCCUCAAAAGGUGAAACGCCCGAAGGCUGGGCCAGAAGGUGGGAAAGGCACUUGGGAUAUGCAUUUUCGGCCGACGAUCAAAGUCGUAGAUGAGCAUUCUGGAUCGAUAGUUGGCUACAGGAUAUCAGGUCAGGGCGCCCUCCAUUCCCCAUUCCCCCAUUCAUGUCUCGGCAGCGUGGAGACUUCAGACGGCUUCCCGACUCCAUCUGCCACACAGGCUUUUCCUACACGGGUUAGAGGAGUUGAGCUUGUUACCUCCGUUGCAGUAGCCCAGGCCGAACUAAAUUAG